UUGUAGCAGAGUAGCAGUUAUUAAUCCUUCCAGAUCUUUCUCAAGGUUUCUCUUCCAAUAAAACAGAAGGCAAAACGAAGGCAGGGGAACCGUCAGAUUGAAAUACCAAGUGGCCAUCGAACGGAGCCCCAUCACCCACCAAUGUCUUCCAAAGUAAUUACCCCACUCGCCACCUGACAGCUAACACUUGCCCUUCCACAGUUCCACUUCUCACUUCCCUCCCCUUAUCUUCCUCUCUUCAAUCUUCAUUUUCCUCUCCAAAAUGGCCACUGUCUUUAGAACCCCCAUUCUCCGGCCAGUUAUCCUGCCGCCGCGCUCCUCCUCUUCUUCCGCCGCCGCCGCCACCAAGCCCUCAUGCGUUGCCUUUCCCUCUUUCAGACAAACUGCUACCCGCAGAAGGACCACUUUGCGGUUCCCUUCAAUUCCUUCCCUGCGCUUCACGAAGUUCGCCCCUUUCGCUUUCGAAGGAGACACCGAGGCCUCGCCUCAAGUUCAAGAACCUGAGCUUCAGCUUGAGGAUGGUGCUGUUGAUGUAGAGGACAGUGCUGGCCAUAAUGAGGUUAGUGAGGCUGAUGAAAGUGAGGAAUCUUCACCCUUGCAAGAGUUACUGCAAUCUUACAAAGAAGCGGUAGCUAAUAAUAAUGAAGCCAUAGUUGCCGAGCUGGAAUCAUAUUUGAAGUCCAUUGAAGAUGAGAAAAUAGGUCUUGAAAGGAAAAUAGCUUCGUUAUCUGCAGAGUUAUCAAUAGAGAAGGAUAGGAUUCUAAGGAUUAGUGCAGACUUUGACAAUUUCCGGAAGAGAACCGAGAGAGAUCGCCUUUCUCUGGUCACUAAUGCACAGGGGGAAGUUAUGGAGAGCUUGUUGCCUGUAUUGGAUAAUUUUGAGAGAGCAAAAACUCAGAUCAAGGUGGAGACAGAAGGAGAGGAGAAAAUAAACAACAGCUAUCAGAGCAUAUAUAAACAGUUCAUGGAAAUUCUUACUGCACUUGGAGUUGAACCAGUUAAGACAGUUGGAAAACCCUUUGAUCCAUUG